AUGAGGCAGAGCGCAACAGUGGCUUACCGUCUACAAGGGAACGGCAAGGCUGAGAGAACGCUGUACGUUGCAGACGUCAACCAGCAAGACUUGGACGACUAUGCGGAGCGGCUGAUGUUUGCGCUGAAUACGGCACACGAUCAAGUGAGGGGAGAAACGUCGUUCUUCCUAGUCCAUGGAUGGUACCCGCGGUCGACACUGGAAGCGGUUGUAUCGGUGGGAUCGACACGCCGUCGUGACUGCGAUGCACGGAGAUGGAGAUAUCACAUACAGGGACAGUACCGCAGAGCCAGGGAAGCAGUCAACGAGAAUCUACGCGAUGCGAUCAAAUCUAGGACUGACCAGCACAACGAAAACGUUAGACCGCACCGGAUUGAGGAAGGCACACAGGAAGGUUACGCCCGCAAGCGUGCACACAUGUGGCAUGGACCGUUUCGCGAAUCCGAGCUGAUCGGCAAUCACGCAGCCCGUCGCCAGACCGCCGACUCAGGGUAUCGCUUCUUCCCGAUAGUACACCUGUCGAAGCUGAAGCCAGUACGGACAUUCCCAGACCGACCAAAGGUUAUUUUGAACACCGAAGACGAUGACCGGGUAGAUUUUGAUGAGGAAUUGUUGCCAGACGAUAGCUGGGAAACUCCACUGGGUGAAGACGAAUUCGAAGUAGAACGGAUCACGGAUGUGCGGUCAGGGAGACGCACCCGCUAUGGGCGGGUGCACCGAGAAUUCCAGGUCUAUUGGAAAUGCUAUGACCAACCGACAUGGGUGGACGAAACCGACCUCAAUUGCGCCGCUUUGCUGUACGAAUAUGAGCGCGGACGCACCAGCCGUAACCGCUUCAAUGUGAUGCAAUCAAAUGAAGAAGGGAUUAACGCUGAGUAA